AUACCAAGAGGUGUCUCUGUAAAGGGAUUGCGCAGCGGGACAGUUGCUGGGAAAGAGACCAGUAACGUCAGCGUCCCCGGGUGCCCCUUCUAUAAGAGGAACCUGCUCUGAUCUCGAAGUCAGUCAGCAAUAUGUCAGCCGAUUGGAAGGUGUUGUUGUUCUUGGUUGGGCUUUGUUGUUGUGUUGCGGCCCAAGAAGACUGCGUGUGCGUUGACUACGACCGUUGCGGAGACGUAGUAGUAAGCUCGAAGGGAUGCACUGGGAUCCAGGUGUGCUGCUCUGUUGCUCCCCGAAAUACGAUGCCGCCCGAACCUGAGACGACUACUUCCGAAGUAGAUGUUCCAGGCAAUGAGGAGUACUGUGUGUGCGUUAAAGAGUUUCAAUGCGACGCGAGCACCGGAGAAGUUAUCACAGAUGGCACCAACCUUUUGAAUAGAGGGAAAAAAUGCCCCGAUAAAAAGGUUUGCUGCAAACUGCACAAAAAUACUGUCCCGACCAAACAACCAGCGACGCGUACUCCCGGAGUCAGUGUUACUGACAAUCCGAAAUGCGAGUGCGUUGAGAGCUCUGAAUGCAACGAGAAGAAACCGAAACAAGAGGCGAUUCAAAGCAGUGGCAUCGGCCAGUUGGAUGUGAGGUCAUUAAACCCAUGCCCUGGGACCCAGGUUUGCUGUAGUACAACGAAUAACAAUACAGAAUUGAGUUCUGACCAAGGUGUCCUCCAGAAACCCAUCGUCACUGAGGGAGCUAGUUGCGGGAGCAAGAGGUUACCUCCUAACUCAAAAACUACACACAAAAUCAAAGAUGGACAGGAAUGCAAGUGCGUUCUGUUAUAUCAAUGCAACGAAAAAAACUGGACCAUUAUCAACGAUGGCACAGGCAUGCUUGAUAGGGGGAAGUCGUGCCCUCCUGGCCAGGUUUGCUGCUUAAUUCCCACCAUAAAUUACACUGUCUUGGUCAACCAGCCAAAUCCGAACGUCCCGACUCGCAUAAAUAUUCCAGAGGCGCCUAUUGUUCCUCAAACACCAUUUUAUGGAGAAGCACCUUGGACAGUUAUUAUUCAGGAGAAAAAACAUGAUUUGCUAUACAAGUGUGCUGGUUCAUUGAUUUGGCCUUCUGUUGUUUUGACUGCAGCCCACUGUGUUGAGAAUACACCGAUUGAACUGCUGUCUGUGAAAGCAGGAGAGUAUGAUUACAGAAUCACAAACAAACCACUCCGAACUCAAACACAAGGAGUUCGUAAUGUGGUACUCCAUCCAGAAUUCAAUACGAAAAAUCUUCAAAAUGAUGUUGCUCUUAUAUUUCUUGAACAAUCCAUGCAGCUUAAUGAAGUAGUUGGUGUCAUUUGUGGUCCAGAGAACAAUGAAUCUGUGAUUGAAUCUGACUGUUUUCUAACUGGAUGGGGAGCCGAUAUCAAAAAUGGUUCUAACAAACCUGUUCUUACCAAAGUAAACCUUCCUCUUAAACCCCGAGGAAAAUGCCUAGAAAAUCUAAGAACUUCUAGAUUAGGGGAGUACUUCAUACUUCACGAAGGAUUCUUAUGCGCUGGGGGUGAAGAUACAGGAAGAACCAACUGUAGGGGAGAUGGUGGUGGACCAUUGUACUGUCCAUCUAAAAAUAAUCCGAACCAAAUGGUCCAGAUAGGAGUACAUGCUGCUCGCGUUGGAUGUGGAUUAGGACAUCCUACACUUUUCGCGUCAGUAGAAUGGUACAAAACUUGGUUGUACAGUCAGUUAUCUGCCUACCUGAAUAGUUCCCCCAGGCUAGACGAAGAAGAUAGUGAUUGAAUUUGAUAGAUUGAAACAAAUGGUGAAAAAUGGCCAACAAAAAUAUAUGAAACAAGUUCUGAAAACAAUGAGUUACCUGAAUGAAAAAAUAUUUGAAAAAUGUUUCUUUAAAAAAAUAAUUUUGUUAAAUAAGUACUAUAUUUUUGCAAUGUUGAAGUUUGUUACUUAUGAUCAGAUUUAUUGUUAUUUAAGUAAAACAAAUAAAUCUUAUUUAGUAAAUACAAGAUACUUAUUUUCUUAAUUUUUAAUAAUAUGUAAAUGCUAAAUUUAUUCUUAAAGAGCAUAGCUAAUAACAGCAUAUACCGGUUGUCAUGUUAUAUCUUGUAAUCUUGUAUUAUUUGAUUAAACAUAAAAACAGGGGUUGCAACAGUAAUUUUGUUUUUUUAUAAAUUAUUUCAACUUUUACUGUUUCAAAAAACUUUCAUAAAUAAGAGGUUAUUGGUGAACAAUUUUUCAAAACUGUAAUAAUCGUUCUAGCAUAAAAGAGUUUUUAAUUUUUUAAUACAAAAAUAAAUGUCAUAAAAAAGUAUUUGUUAAACUUUUACGUUAGGUACUUGUAAUUUUUUGAACUUAUAACUUUUAUUUUAGAGGGAAUAAGUAAAAGUAAAAUGAUUACAAGAUUCAACAUGACAAGAGGCAUAUGCUGUUAUUAGCUAUGCUCUUCAAGAUUAAAUUUCGCAUUUACGUAUUGUCAAAAAUUAAGAAAAUAAGUACCUUGCAUUUACUAAAUAAGAUUUAUUGGUUUUACUUAAAUAACAAUAAAUCUGAUCAUAAGCCACAAAUUUCAUCAUUGCCAAAAUAUAAUAUUAAUUUAACAAAUUUAUUUCUUUAGAUAACCAUUUUUCAUUCAGGUAAUUCAUUUUUUCAGAAUUAGUUCCCUUUAAAAUAAAAGUUAUAAGUACAAAAAAUUACAAAUUAUAAUAGAAUUUCAUAAUUAUUACAAUGCUCAGUAGUCAUAGUGGAAAACUAAUGAAUUCCGAUGGUCCUGGAAACUAUUUCAAUGUUAAUUUUGUACAACAUUAUAUAAUGCAAAAUUUUAUUUGUUAAUCAUAAUUGUUUUAUUAAAAAAGUAAAUGCUUUAAGGUUUUUGAUUUUUUUUUUUUACAUUUACAUUUACAACAGGUAAAUGUGACAUUGGUAACAUGACAUGUAAAAUAUGAAGAGAAACUACCCAUUGGUAGAACUCAAAUUUGAAUUAAUUGAAUACAUACUAUCUUGUUCCAUGCCUUGUAAAUAUUUGUUAUGUUAAAUGCAUAAAAAUAUUAUUAUAUAUCUAUGUAGGUAUAACGAUGAUUACAUUUUCUAUUAAUAAAAACCU